AACAGUGCCCUACCUUAAUUACAAAAACUAAUGACUAAGAGAGAGGUGGCUAGAGCUGAGGCCCCUGAGUCAGGCUGUGGGUGGGAUCAUCUCCAGUACAGGAAGUGAGACUUUCAUUUCCUCCUUUCCAAGAGAGGGCUGAGGGAGUAGAGCUGAGCAACUGGUGCAGACAGCCUAGCUGGACUUGGGGUGAGGUAGUUCAGCCAUGAGGCUGGCUGUGCUUUUCUCGGGGGCCCUGCUGGGGCUACUCACAGCCCAGGGGACAGGGAAUGACUGUCCUCACAAAAAAUCGGCCACUCUGCUGCCAUCCUUCACGGUGACAACCACGGCUACAGAGAGCACUGGAACAACCAGCCACAGGACUACCAAGAGCCACAAAACCACCACUCACAGGACAACCACCAGCCACGGACCCACGACUGCCACGCACAACCCCACCACCACCAGCCACAGAAACGCCACGGUUCAUCCAACAAGCAACAGCACUGCCACAAGCCAGGGACCCUCAACUGCCACUCACAGGCCUGCCACCACUAGUCAUGGAAAUGCCACGGUUCAUCCAACAAGCAACAGCACUGCCACCAGCCCAGGACUCACCAGUUCUGCCCACCCACGACCACCUCCGCCCUCUCCGAGUCCUAGCCCAGCCUCCAAGGAGACCAUCGGAGACUACACGUGGACCAAUGGUUCCCAGCCCUGUGUCCACCUCCAAGCCCAGAUUCAGAUUCGGGUCAUGUACACAACCCAGGCUGGAGGAGAGGCCUGGGGCAUCUCUGUACUGAACCCCAACAAAACCAAGGUCCAGGGGAGCUGUGAGGGUGCCCAUCCCCACCUGCUUCUCUCAUUCCCCUAUGGACACCUCAGCUUUGGAUUCAUGCAGGACCUCCAGCAGAGGGUUGUCUACCUGAGCUACAUGGCGGUGGAGUACAACGUGUCUUUCCCCCACGCAGCACAGUGGACGUUCUCGGCUCAGAAUGCAUCCCUUCGAGAUCUCCAAGCACCCCUGGGCCAGAGCUUCAGUUGCAGCAACUCGAGCAUCAUUCUUUCACCAGCUGUCCACCUCGACCUGCUCUCCCUGAGGCUCCAGGCUGCUCAGCUUCCCCACACAGGGGUCUUUGGGCAAAGUUUCUCCUGCCCCAGUGACCGGUCCAUCUUGCUGCCUCUCAUCAUUGGCCUGAUCCUUCUUGGCCUCCUUGCCCUGGUGCUUAUUGCCUUCUGCAUCGUCCGGAGACGCCCAUCCGCCUACCAGGCCCUCUGAGCAUUUGCUUCAAACCCCAGGGCACUGAGGGGGUUGGGGUGUGGUGGGGGGUCCCUUAUUUCCUUGACAUGCAACUGUCUCAAAG